AUGUCAUCAGAAACUGUUGUAUUCGUCAGUGGUGCUACUGGAUUCAUUGCUCAACAAAUUGUCAAAACCGUGCUUGAAGCUGGUUACAAAACUAUCGGCUCAGUGAGAUCAGAGGAAAAAGGAAAGUACUUAAAAUCAUUGAUCGAGUCUGCUGGACUCAAUUCUAAUCUUUUCAAUUAUGUCAUUGUGAAGGACAUUGGAGCCAAAGGUGCAUUUAACGAAGCUUUGCAAGCCCAUCCGGAGGUGACAGUGUUUUUACACACUGCAUCUCCUGCUACAUUUGAAAUUCAUGAUGUUGAGAAGGAAUUGUUAAAACCGGCCAUUGAGGGUACCAUUAAUGCACUUAACGCAGUUACCGUGUAUGGUAAAAACGUUCAAAGGGUUGUCAUCACAUCGUCUUAUGCUGCGGUUGCUGGUUUUGCAAAUUUGGCUACGCCUGGUAAAGAAGUAAAUGAAGAAUCGUGGAACCCAAUCACAUACGAGCAGGCUUUGGAAAAUCCCUUUCUUGGUUACAUUGGAUCAAAGAAACUCGCUGAAAAGACUGUAUGGAACUACAUCGAAGAAAAGAAGCCAAAAUGGGAUGUCACUUUUGUGAAUCCUGCAUUUGUAUUGGGACCACAAGCUUUUGCCGUUAGAGACAAGUCCAAGUUGAACGCAUCAAAUGAAAUCAUCAACAGUCUCUUGACUGCAAACAAGACAAAAGUGGAGCCUCAACAAUUUGUUGGAUACUUUAUUGAUGUCAGAGAUGUCGCAAAAGCCCAUCUCAUUGCUUUUGAGAAGAAUGAAACUGUGGGCCAGAGAUUGCUUUUGGCAAAUGCACCUUUUUCCUCCGCUGGGAUCUUGGACAUUAUUGAAAAAGAUUUCCCUAAUUUGAAAUCUGAGUUACCAAAGUUGGAUAAGUCAAAAUCUCCAAAGUUUGAGGAAACUGAAAGUGUCGUAAACAAUGAAAAGACGAGAAGGAUUUUGGGUUUCAAAUUCAUUGAUUUGAAAAAGUCGGUUGAUGACACUAUUAAGCAGUUGGUGUAA